AUGAAAUAUAAUCACACUUUAGUGACAGAAUUCUUCCUUGUGGGAUUUAUGGACCACCCAGAGCACCAAGUCCCUCUUUUCACCAUGUUUUUAAUGUUCUAUAUUAUCACAUUGGUGGGAAAUAUUGGAAUGAUUGUAUUAAUCAAGACUGAUGCACAACUCUACACACCCAUGUAUUUUUUCCUGAGCAACCUGUCACUUGUAGACGUUGGAUAUUCUACUGCCAUUGCUCCCAGGAUGCUGAUGACCUUUAUAUCACAGAACAAAAUGAUUUCCUUCGCAGAAUGCGCAACACAAUUUUUCGUGUUUUGUAUGUUUGUAACUGCUGAAGGUAGCCUCCUGGCUGUGAUGGCGUACGAUCAUUUCACAGCCAUCUGCAACCCAUUGCUCUCAGUGAUGUCCUCAAAACUUUGUGCAGUGUUAGUGGCAUGUGCUUAUAUAUGUGGCAUUGUAAAUUCAACUGUUCAUACUGUUUUUAUUUUUAGUCUGUCCUUCUGCAAUUCAAAUGUCAUCAAUCACUUUUUCUGUGACACCCCUCCCAUUCUGAAAUUGUCCUGUUCAGACACUCAUACAAUUGACAUUCUGCACUUCAUCCUGUCCACUAUAAUUGCCUUGACUACAUUUGUGAUUAUCUUAGUGUCCUAUAUGUACAUUCUCUUAGCCAUCUUGAAGAUCCGCUCUCCCCAGGGUCAGAAGAAAGCUUUCUCUACCUGUGCUUCACACCUGACAGCCGUCGCCAUCUUUUAUGGAACCAUAAUCUUCAUGUAUUUAAGGCCAAGCUCCAGUUUCUCAAUGGACCAAGACAAAAUUGUCUCUGUGUUUUACACUCUUGUGAUCCCUAUGCUUAACCCAUUGAUCUACAGCCUGAGGAACAAGGAUGUGAAAGAUGCCUUUGCAAGGGUGAUUGAG